AAUAAAAAGGAAAAGAGACGAAUAAAAAGAGAGAGAUAGGGAGGCAGAGCAAGUGAGUGAUUUUAGCGCGGGACGGCGGCGGUUGGAAGCACAGCGGGGUAAUCUUAAAUAGUAGAAUAGUCGUCGAGUUGACCAAUACCCAAUUUUUCUGAGAUGUAUCGCUCCGGGAGCUCCACUCGUGUCUCCGACGAGUUUUUCUCCUCCCCUUCUCCACCAGAUGCCGAGCAACAGCAACAGCAGCAACAGCUUCUUCCCACUUACAAUCCCGAAUCACACCUCGCCAAGAAGGACCGUCUUCGCCUCAGAUCCGCUGAGGCCGCCGUCCACCUCAUCCCUAUUAUGCUCAUCAUCUGCGCCGUCAUCCUGUGGUUCUUCUCUGCUCCAGUAGAUUUGGCAAAUAAAGGUGACUCCAUUGCUGUCAAAGUAAGGAUUUAGAUGCUCGUCAUCAACAUCAAAGAAGGUGUUGCAAACACUCCAAAAUAUCAAGAUACAGUUGAUCCAAGAUCGAUAACAUAGCUUUGUAUAACGCCACGUUGAAAAUUUGCCGUAUGCCUUGGAUUUAUUAAUUCUUCACACUUAUUUAUGCAACUGUUUUCGAUUUUUUUCGUCUA